AUGGAGAGAUACGAGGAAGCUGUCCGCUGCUUAAAUAGCCGACGAGCACGCGCGAAGUCUAACUUAGAUGACAUGCGGGGCUCGGAUGAUAUGGUGAAAUGGCUGAAGCUUCUCGGACACUCGGUUGAAGAUCUGAAUCGCCUAAAUGCCAUUCAUAUUGCAGGAACGAAAGGGAAAGGGAGUACCUGUGCAUUUGUCGCGUCGUUCCUCAAAGAGCAUAGAAAUAACACCGGAUAUCCACGAAAGAUUGGGCUAUACACAUCGCCACACAUAGGAAAUAUACGCGAGAGGAUUUGUAUUAAUAACGAGCCAAUAUCGCAAGAACUUUUCACCUUCAGGUUCUUCGAGAUCUGGGAUAAACUACCUAGCGAGGUAACAGACACUCUAGAUAUCCCCCGAUAUCUCCAGCUUCUGGCCCUUCUCUCUUUUCAUGUCUUCAUUAAGGAAGGUGUUGAUGUGGCGAUCUACGAAACCCAUCUUGGUGGGGAAUUUGAUGCAACAAAUAUUAUUAGCGCACCAACUGUAACGGCUAUUACAUCAAUCUCAAUAGAUCACCGUAACUUACUUGGACCAACGAUCGAGGAUAUUGCGUGGCACAAAGCGGGAAUAUUUAAACCGGGAAGUGUUGCACUUUCUACUCUUCAGGAACAAGCAGUUGCAACGGUCCUCCAGCAGCGAGCUGCUGAAAAAGGAGUGGCACUUAAGUUUAUUGGCCUUGAUAGUGAUAUUCCGGCUAGCGCGGUAGCUCUGAAGCCAAAGGUGCAAAGAUUUAAUUGUUCUUUGGCUCUUGCAGUACUUCGCGCUUGGUUAUCUGCGACGCUACCUCUAGAGCAAAGCUGCGUUGAUAAUGAUAUCGUUUCUGGUAUUGAGAACUUUUAUUGGCCAGGGCGAUAUCAGCAAAUCAACGAUCAAAAUUAUCAGUGGUUCCUUGAUGGUGCGCACACUGAGUCAAGUUUAUGUUACGCGGUAGAGUGGUUCGCGGAGAGAGCCAGGGAACUCCAGGACAUUCUCCCUCCUACGCGGAUUCUGGUUUUCAGCCAUUUUUCACAUCGAGAUGGUAUAGCUCUUCUACGUAGUAUUGCGAAGUCUCUACUUGAUAAAGAUAUUCAAGUACAACAUGUUAUUAUAAGCUCGUAUGAUGAAAUGCGAGAUGGCCCACCCAGGAUUGACCGAAAUUUAACCAAGCGCUUCUCUCAAGAAAAACAAGAAAGUUAUGCCGAGUUUUGGAGAACAUUUGAUCCAACUGCAACAGUAUCGUGCGAACGUACAAUUGAGGAAACCUUGCAUCGAGCUAGGCGGAUCGGAGAUCUCAGCGAUGGCAUGCAAGCCUUAGUUACAGGAAGUCUACAUCUGGUCAGUGGUCUGCUCUAUCUCUUAGAGACUGACCAUCUGAUAUCGCAUCCACCAAUGAGGGCUCAAACCAGAUUAGAGCAAAAGAAGCUCGAUGAUAUUAGAGCAGGUUGCAGCUAG